AUCGGCGAGGGGGUUACCCACUUCGCAAAGGGAGAUAGAGUGAUCUCUCAAGGAAGCUACACCCAGGACAGAGCUGGAUAUCAGCAAUAUGCGCUCACAGUAGCAAACUACAGUGCCAAGGUGCCUUCUCAGCUGCCGCUGGAUGAAGCUGCGUCUCUGCCAAGCGCCACCAUAGCUGCCGCCUUCGGACUCUACGGUGAGGUGAAUGAAGCAGGCCCUGGAGGCGCCGGCCUGACCCCUCCCUGGGAGGCGGGCGGACGUGACAAGUACUCUGGCAAACCCAUUUUCAUCUCCGGAGGGUCUUCCUCCGUGGGGCAGCUCGUCAUCCAAUUUGCGAAGCUCUCAGGCUUCUCCCCCAUCAUCGUCACGGCGUCGUCGCACAACGAGUCCCUCCUCAAGUCCCUUGGCGCGACGCACGUGAUCGACAGGAGCCUCCAAGCGGAGGCCCUGCGUUCGGCCGUGUCGGCGGUAACGACCGCACCGCUCGAGAUCAUUCUUGACGUAGUAAGCCUGAACGACUCGCAGCAAGCGGCAUACGACCUGCUGGCGCCGGGAGGGACUCUGGUCCUCACCCUCCCCCCGACGAUCCGCGCUGACCCGGAGUCGCGCAAGAGGGUGUUCUACAUUAUGGGAUUCAUUCACAUGCCGGGCAAUGGGAAGGCAGCGGCGAGCUUGUUCGCUGCGCUGCCCGACCUGCUUGCGAAGGGGGAUAUCAAGCCGAACCCGGUGAAGGUGAUUCCAGGUGGCUUGAACGGUAUAGCGGCAGGAUGGAAGGAGUUGGAAGAAGGCCGAGUUAGUGGUCAGAAGUUGAUAGUGUGUCCGCAGGAGACCGUGGUCUGA